AUGAUAUUUCGGACAGCACUGGAGCAUGCAAGGAAGCACCCCGGUCUAAUCCCUCAGUUUUUCUUCAUCUGUCUGGGGAUGGGCGGCGCUGGUCUAUACCUAGUCCGACUGGCGAAAGGACCUCAUGUCACCUGGGAUAAGACCAAUAAUCCUGAGCCUUGGAAUAAACUUGACCCAACGUAUCAGUACAAGUUUUUGGCCAUCAGCACUGAUUAUAAAAAUCUCAAGAAGGAAGGACCUGAAUUCUGA